UCGACGACUCCAAAAUUUCUUUUUCCUUUCCUGAAUGAAAUAUCUUCUUUAACCAAUUACCCAUCUCGUGAAUUCCUUCAAAGAAUCUGCUUUUAUAUAUCUGCUGAUAUAGCAUUUGCGAUCCGAAGUCAGAGCUCGAGUCUUUCUCUUUGCUGUUGUUGCUUUGAUUUUGUGAGCAAUUUCUAAAGCAAGCACCUUUUUGCAAGGUUUAAAAGUUUUUGUUUUAAUUUCUGGGUUUUAAAAGGUGUCGGUUCCUCAAGUGGGUAGAGAUUCACUUCGUGCUAGAGAUUUGGAAAUUUUAAGAGUUGGGUUUGUUUAGUGUGGAUUUAAGAAGCUGGAGACCAAAGCUCGAGGCUUUCUCUUUGCUGUUGAUUUUUUCAGCAAUUUGUAAACAUCUCUGGAUUUGAAGACUUAAAAGGAAGCACCUUUUUUUUGCAGAGGUUAAGAGUUUUUUUUUUUUUUGGGUUUAAGCGGUUUCGAUUGCUCAAGUAGAGAUUUACUUCGUGCUGGAGAUUUGGAAACUUUAGAGAGUUCGGUUUCUGUAGUGUGGAUUUAUUUGGUUUGGUGCUUUAGUAGUUUGUGCCUAUGGCAAAUCCUUGGAAGAAGCAUAAAUUGAAAGAUACGGCUUUAUGCCGUUUAGGGAUUCUCUUUGCAGUUACAGUCUCUAUAGUUCUGAUGUUGGUGUCUGUACCCAGAACAACUAGGACUUUCACCGACCGAGAUUUGGAUGAUUUAGACGAAGAUUUGGUAUAUAAGCUUAAUGCUUCGUUGCUAAGAGUAGCUAGAUGUAACAGAAUGUCGUUUAGGUUGCAUAGAAAAAACCUUUUCCCACCGAGGAAUCUUGAUCUGUACCCGGAUUUGGCCAAAGACCGUGUGGUUAUCGUCUUGUAUGUGCACAAUCGGGCUCAGUAUUUUCGUGUAACUGUGGAAAGCUUGUCCAAGGUUAAAGGAAUAAGUGAGACUUUGUUGAUUGUUAGCCAUGAUGGUUACUUUGAAGAGAUGAACAAGAUUGUGGAGAGUAUCAAGUUUUGCCAGGUAAAGCAGAUAUUCUCGCCAUAUUCUCCUCACAUAUUUCGAGAUAGCUUCCCUGGGGUGACCCCGAGUGAUUGUAAGAACAAAGGUGAUGAGGCUAGGAAACAUUGUGAAGGCAAUCCGGAUCAGUAUGGAAACCACAGGUCUCCAAAGAUUGUGUCUUUGAAGCAUCAUUGGUGGUGGAUGAUGAACACGGUUUGGGAUGGAUUGGAGGAGACUAAAGGUCACGAGGGUCAUAUUCUUUUCAUCGAAGAAGAUCACUUUCUUUUUCCUAAUGCAUACCGGAAUAUACAGACUCUCACGAGGCUGAAACCUACGAAAUGUCCCGACUGCUUUGCUGCUAAUCUAGCACCGUCUGAUGUGAAGUCAAGAGGAGAAGGGCUUGAUAGUUUGGUUGCAGAGAGAAUGGGAAAUAUUGGGUAUUCGUUUAAUAGAAGUGUGUGGGAGAAUAUACACCAGAAGGCAAGAGACUUUUGUUUCUUUGAUGAUUACAAUUGGGAUAUAACGAUGUGGGCAACGGUUUUCCCUUCGUUUGGUUCACCUGUUUACACAUUGAGAGGGCCUAGGACCAGUGCGGUCCACUUUGGUAAAUGUGGGUUGCAUCAAGGUAGAGGAGAGGAAGGUGAUUGUAUUGAUAAUGGGGUUGUAAACAUUGAGGUUAAAGAAACAGAUAAAGUUGUGAACAUAAAGGAAGGAUGGGGAGUUCAGGUGUUUAAGCAUCAACCUGGUUAUAAAGCUGGUUUCAAAGGUUGGGGAGGUUGGGGAGACGAAAGGGACCGGCGUUUAUGUUUGGAUUUUACCACUAUGUAUCGUUCCAGAAGCAGUGGUGCAUCUCCAUGAAAGUUUUAGAUACUUCCAAGUAAAUUUGGUAAUAUAGUCAGUAUCUUUUCGAGGGCUUGCUUUGUAUUUUUACGUGGUUUUGUGAGUCGAUUGGCGUCGGGUUUCUUGUUAUAUUCUUUUGUUAUAUCUUGUUUGUAUUACCAGACGUAUUGUGUUCUUUCUAUACAAAGUUCUGUCGCUUUUUGUGUGUGUUUA